AUGCAUAAUUCGCGCAUUUUAGUGAAAUAUUCAUUACUUAAAGGAUACUGCUUUGCUUCUUCUCUUGAGAACUUGUGAAUGGACCUUUAUCCUUAUUUCAUCAAUUGUUGUAAGGUCUUCAGAGAUGGUAAAGCUAUGGAUAAUAACUUCUCGAUUAGGUAUCUUUGGCUUCUUUGCUCUUCUUGUGAUAUCUUUUGCUCCUUUUACCAUGAAAUUAUUAAAUUAAUUGACUUUGCAAAUAAUUGUCAUGUAAAUUUAAUUUCCCAAGCGAUAAAAGUGUAA